AUGGGAACUCAAACAUUCUUCCACCAUAGAGAGGAGGAACAAAAGGAGGAGAGGCAGCAGAGGUUGCAAAUGACCUCCACGACCAGAAAGAAAAGGUUCAAAACCAGUGAGGAAGAAGAAACUUUCAGCCUUUCGGAGUUAUCCAUAGCAGCUGCCCUUGCCUUGACCUCUGAAACACCACAGAAUUACAAGCUAAGAAGAGAAGCUGCCAUCUUAGAGCUUGAGCAGAGGGGGCAGAAGAGAGUUUGUUUUGGGAAUGAGAUGGAGAAGUUGGAAGAGGAGGUUAUUAAGAACUGCAGACUGCUGCGUGUGAGAGCCGACCGGAGAGUGCUUCGGAGGAAGGCUGUAGAAAAGGCACGCAGGGAGAAGGAAUACAUUGAGCUGUGUUCGGGUCGAGCACCUAUGUUCUGGAUCCCCCUCAGAGUACACGCAGUCUGGGAGAGGAUGGAAGUGACACUGACAUGUACAGUCCUGGCUUCCCCACUGCCACAGGUGACCUGGUAUAAAAAUGGAGUCCCGAUUGACCUCCGUUUAGCCCCAGCAGGAAAAUACAAGAUCAAAAACAAGUUUGGAAUGUUGACCUUGCGCAUCAGCAGAUGCUCCAUGGAAGAUUCUGCUGAAUACAGUGUUGUAAUUGAGAAUCAGUAUGGCAAGGCUUACUCAUUUGCUACAGUGCUUGUCAGGAACUAUUACGGAAAGGAGUCGGGCUUUGAUUCGGAAAUAUACAGGAGAUCUCUUCUUGCCAGAGAGGCAGACUUUGCCUCCUCGCUGAAACCACUAUUUUCAAGAGAAAAGGAGCCUUUCACCCUCUCCUGUUACUUCACUUCUGAUUUACUUGAACACCAGCGAAACAUUACCUGGUUCAGAGAUGGUGAGUUGCUGCAGAACUCAGAACAUCAGGAACUGGAGUAUCAAGACCAGGAAGCUUCUCUAAGAGUGUCAUGUGCUUACAAAGAAGAUGAGGGGUUCUACACAAUCCGUGUCCCCUCACUGGGUGGAUGCAAAGAGCAAACCACUUAUGUGUUUGUUCGAGAUGCUGCAGCAGAAUCAGCUGGUGCACCUGGAUCCCCUCUCAAUGUGAAAUGCCACGACAUAAAUAAAGAUUGCUUGAUUCUUUCUUGGAUAGCGCCCAGUGAUGAUGGAGAAAGCCCAAUCCUUGGAUAUUUUAUUGAAAGGUGUACGGCUGGGUCAGAGAACUGGGUUCCAUGCAAUGAAAAGCCUGUGAAAACCUGCAGAUACCCCGUGCUGGGCCUUGCUGAAGGACAGGCAUAUCAGUUCCGAGUGAAGGCUGUCAAUAAAGCGGGGAUCAGUCAUCCUUCAAAAAGCAGUGAUCCAGUUAUAAUGUAUGACCCCAGCAAAGGCAAGAGAGUGACAGUUAUUCCAUAUGAUGAAGGCAGGAUGAUAGAAAUUUUCAAGGAUGACCUAGAAGGACACAUUAAGAUUCCCCUGCCACCCACCAAUGUUCACGCAAGUGAGGUCAGGGAAGAUUAUGUGGCUUUGGCCUGGGAUGAGCCAGAUCCGAGAGGCAGAGAACCACUGCAAUAUUAUGUGGAAAAGUUGCUUGUGGGCAGCAACUCCUGGCAAAUGGUUAAUCUGGAUAUGCCAGUUAAUUCCCCAAGAUUUGCACUCUUUGAUCUCACUAAAGGAAAACCGUACCGUUUCCGAGUGCGGUCCAUUAACAAGUAUGGAAUCAGUGAGCCAUCCCUGCCCAGCGAACCAAUCACUGCUGGAGCAAAACUCGCUCCUUUACCACCACCGUCUCAGGUUUUAGCUUUCAGAGACACCAAGACAUCUGUUGUUUUGCAGUGGGAUAAAUUAAAGGAUGGUCUGGAACCUUUGGGCUACUACAUAUAUUGUCGGGAGACUGGGACAGAAGAAUGGCAAACUGUCAACAAUAAGCCCGUGAUGUGUAAUGAAUUUACUGUCCCUGGGCUGAAAGCUGGAAAGGAGUAUGUCUUUUGUGUGAAAUCUGUCAGUGAGGCAGGAUUGAGCGAAAGCUCUCCAGAAACAGACCCUAUCACUGUAAGGCCAGCAAUAGCUCGCCCAUCAGCACCACGUGGGUUUGUUCUGCUGAGCUGUGGGAAGACCAGCAUGACCAUCGGCUGGAAACCCCCGAAGCGUAAAGGAGGAACAAAGAUUCUGGGUUAUUUCCUGGAUCAGCAUGAUGCAUCUGAGCUGGAUUGGCAUGAAGUCAAUAGUCAGCCGAUUCCUCAGCGAGUUUACACGGUUAGCAACCUUGAAGAAGGCCAUCUGUAUGAAUUCCGUGCAUGUGCAAUGAACAUGGCAGGUGUUGGGGAAGUAUCUGAGCCCAGCGACUUGUUCAGAUGUGAGGAAUGGACAAUGCAAGAACCAGGUCCUCCUUAUGAUGUGAAGUUCUCUGAAGUGAGAGACUCUUCCCUGAUGCUGCACUGGCAAGCCCCAUUGUACACAGGCGCAGGUCCAGUUACAGGCUAUUAUGUAGACAUGUGUGAAGAAGGGACAGAGGAAUGGAAGCAAAUAAACAAGCAGUCCACGGCUGCCACUCAUAUGAAGGUUUCAGACCUAGACACAGGGAAAUGCUUUAUUUUCCGAGUAAGAGCGCUGAACAAGGCUGGAAUUGGACCCCCUUCACUUGCCUCAGAUCCAGUGGUGGCUAAAAGCAAGCCAGGCACAAAUGAAAUUGAACUCGGGGUGGAUGAAGAAGGGUUCAUUUAUAUGGCUUUUGAAGCUCCUGAAAAGAAUGACUCCUCUGAAUUUAUCUGGUCGAAGGACUAUGAAGGACCACCAGAUGCUGACAGAGUUCAGACAGAAGAGAAAGGCAAUAAAUCUAAGCUUAUAUUGAAAGAUCCAUCAGAAAAGGAUCUGGGAAUAUAUUCAGUGGAGGUUACAGACGUAGAUGAUGAUAUCUCUGCCAGCUGCACUUUAACACAAGAAGAUCUGGACAAGUUACUGAAACGUAGCCAUGAAAUCAGGAACCCAUUAAUAAAGCUGAUAUCUGGAUGGAAUGUUGAUGUUCUGGAGAAAGGAGAAGUGCGGCUGUGGCUGGAGGUUGAAAAGCUGUCACCAAAUGCAGAGCUGCAUUUAAUCUUCAAUGAGAAGGAGCUUACAAGCACACCAACACAUAAAAUAAACUUCGUCAAAGAAAAAGGUCUGGUUGAACUGAUAAUCCAGAACUUCUGUGAUGACGAUAAAGGAGUGUACACAGCCCAGCUGCAGGACGGAAAAGCUAAAAAUCAAUUCACCCUUGUUCUUCUGGAUGAAAGUUUUGAUAAAGUUGCAAAGGAAGCUGAUGCAAAACGAAGGGAAUGGAAGAAAAAGCAGGGGCCGUAUUUUGUAGAGAAUUUGAAAUGGAAGGUUACCGAGAACUGUGAAGUGCUCCUUACCUGCAAGGCAACAAAUCUGAGAAAGGACACCAGCUUCCAGUGGUUCUUCAAUAAGAAAGCCCGAACAAGUGGUGUGUUCGACCCAAGGACUGGGAUAGGAACUCUCCAUAUUAAAAAGAUAACCAAAGCAGAUGAGGGUCAAUACAAAGCAGUUGUUUCGGAUGACCGAGGAGAGGACCACACCCAACUUGAUCUCAUAAAAGGAACCUUUGAAGACCUUCUCAAGGAGCUGUGUAGGAUCAGUGCUCUUUCUGCUACACCUCUGAAAAUUCAGCCUACUGACGAAGGCAUCAAAAUCUACACAGAUGUGAAGUACUACACAGACUACAUGAAAACAACCUGGUUUCACAAGGAGAAGCGACUGGAAAUUCGUGACAAACUGAAAGCUGGGAGCACAAUGAAUCAGAUCUGGCUCCACAUACUGAACCCAACAGAUACAGAUAAAGGAAAGUACAUCCUGGAGUUAUUUGAUGGGAAUGACUCUCACAAGCUGUCAACUGACUUGUCUGGGCAAGCCUUUGAAGAUGCUCUGGCUGAGCACAGAAGGCUAAAAGAAGCAGCAAUUGCAGAAAAGUGUCGUGCCAGAGUUGUUCAAGGUCUGCCAGAUGUAGCCACCAUCAUGGAGGAUAAGACCCUUUGUUUAACUUGCUGUAUCUCUGGAGAUCCUUACCCAGAAAUCACUUGGUUCAAAAAUGAGAAAAUGAUCAUCUUUAAAGAUCGGUACAGAAUGGAUGUGAAGGGGACAGUUGUCACGAUUACGAUAGAGAAAGUCUGCAAUGAAGAUACGGGAAAAUACAGCAUCUACGUUAAGAACAAAUAUGGCUCCGAAACAGGGCAGGUGACUGUCAGUGUCUACAAGCGUGGAGAGAUACCCAUUGGAAUGGAAGAAAAGGAAGACCCAAGUGAGACCAUAACAAGAAAGCCUAAAUGAACCAGGCAACUAUAUCUCAGUGAAUUUAGAAGGAAUUUAACCCCUUUGGUUUCUUUUGAGUGUCUCCACCCUAAAAUUUAGGCUCAUUCCUUUAUUUUUGUUUCAGUAAUGUUGCAGUAUUUUCACUUUUUGGUUGCUAGAAAACAAUUCUCAUUUGUAAGUAAUUCUUGAGUUCUUUACUGUGAGAGUGGUGAGGUGCUGGAGCAGCUGCCCAGAGAGGCUGUGGAUGCCCUGUCCCUGGAGGUGUUCAAGGCCAGGUUGGAUGGGGCCCUCGGCAGCCUGGUCUAGUAUUAAAUGUGGAGGUUGGUGGUCCUGCAUGUGACAGGGGGUUGGGAAUUCAUGAUCCUUAAGGUCCUUUCCAAUCCUGGCCAUUCUGCGAUUCUGUAAGUGUAUGUGUGCACAUGUACUCACUCUCAUGCUCUCUUUACAGAGAAACUGCUUCCCUGUAAAAACAUGUUGUGUACGAAAUACCAGAGGGUACGUGAGAACCAAGCUAUUAGUAUAGGGGCUUUUUUUCGUAUUAAAUUCUUGUAUGUUACUUAUUAUCUUGUAGCUGAGAAACGCUUACGUCUAUGUUAUUAAACUUACAAAGAGUGACACCACUGUCGUCAAGUACAUUCAUUUUGAAAUUAGUCAGAAGUUUUCUAAGUACCACGUGAACUGGGACUCCAAAGUGUUGACCUUCACAAACAUGAAUCAAAUGGGAUGAAAACAAGGCAGCGAUACUCCCAAGGCUUGGAGCUUUGCAGAAGAGCGCGGACAGCUUCCCUCUGGACUGGUGUGCUGUAAUUGUUACACAAGAGGGCAGAGUGAAAGUCCACAGAGAUGGAAGGCACUGUUCACAUUGCUCUAUGGUAAGGCAGAUUAUCACAUCCUAGAAUAACUCCAGUAUAAGCACCCAGGCUUUGCAGUCAUGUGAGCGACACCCCACGCACACAUACAGUGUUAUCCAAUACCAGGACCUCAUCCCUGCCACUCAGACAACAAGGUAUUAUUCUGUGUAAAUGAAAUUAGAAAAAUUGUGCAUCUUGAUUUAGAAUAUAUAUAUUCACAAUUAAAAAAACUAAUACAGAAAAGCAUUUAGACUGGUAUUGCAAAGUAGCUCUGCAAACACUGUAAACAUGUGAAUUCCAUCUCAAGUGUGUGGCAUUUCUUUUUUGGUUUCUUAGCGUCAAGUUUAGCUUCCCAGAGACAACAGUGCUCUUUAGAGGACAAUGAAAAGAUUACUAGAAAAGCUUUAUCUAACUCUUUGAUUUCACACUAUUGCUCAGUUUGGAAAGGACUUCUGGAGAUCGACUUGUCCAAAUCCUGCACAAGCAUGGCUAACUACAGCAAGUUGCUAGGACUAUUUUACCAAUGAUGAGGUGUUUUUUUUUUUUAUAGCCAGAGACUAUGUUACGUGCAUGAGGAGUCCUUGAAGAAAGUAUGUUACACUUGCUGGUAUAUGGAUAGUUUGCAGUAAUAAGGAAUUUCCCAAAGUCAUGAGAAGCGAGCCAUCUAUUGACCUCCCACUAACUGUUCUGGUCUGAGUGCUGCUAGGAGAAAGAGAUUUGUUUAUGCAUAUGAAUUUAAAAAAAAUUCAGGAUUCUGAAAACACAACAAAACAGAUGACAGCAUGUAUAAACGAAAUGUGGUCUUGAAACCAUAAGGUUGAUUAAUCAGAACUAGAGCACAAGUUUUCUCAGCCCAGAGCCUUGCAUGCUCCCUUCUAAUAAAAACCAGAAGAGAAAUAGGCUUCAGCAUGAACAUUUCCUCCACUUCAGGCAUCUAGCUCUUUGUCUGCAUUUUCUUUAAAAUUACAUACUAAAAAUAACUGUGAAAUUGUAGGAAAAAGUUCAGCAUUGUUUUUCCUGUUGAAAUGGAAGAAUUACUGAUUGGUAUGGAGUAAUAAAAGUUAACUUAGGAAGGUCGGCAACCCCUGGGAUAUGGGCUCUAUUUGAAUUAAGCAAUAUAACUGCAAGAUACGUAAUCUAGUCAAUGUCUUCCAAAAUCAACAAUCAUUCUUGCACGGACAACAAGGAAUAUCACUCGCUAUCUCUGGGUGAGGAAUUCUUGGUGUAAUUGGCAAGAAGAAAAAUAAUUCACGCAUUCCAUUUACUUCUUUAAUUUUGGUCUCCAAGUAAUGUUUUGUAUUUAAUUUUACCUUUAAUGUUCCUGUGUACGGUGGCUAUUGGAAAAAAAACAAACAACCCUACAUUUAAUACAGAUUUAGAUACACUUUACUGACAUCUACUGGAUGAAAUCAAAACUGACUGCUCCAGAAUGAUUUUCUCUGCUAUCAAGAAACUGGAGUACCACAAUUCCAGAAGAAGCAUUUGUGGCUUUAUUUCCACCACUUAAGUUCCAACUGCUCAUAGCGCAUGCACUAUACGCUGUCCUAUCACAUGACAGUAAUCAUCUCACAUCUAAAUUAUGCUAUUGUAUCUGAAGAAAUAAAAAACAUAUUACAAAUAGAAGUUGUACACAAAAAUAAAACUAAUUAAUCAAGGCAACACUUUGCAACUAUUAUGAAUAAUUAUCUGAGUUCAGUGACCCACCAAUAAACAGAACAUCCCAAAAGAUUUGGUCAAGGUAGGACUCUGUAGAAAGCAGAAUGAAC